AUGGAAGAACUGGUCACACCCUUAUUAUCAGUCAAUCAAUUAUAUGACUGUAUAAUAGGCUUUCUACCUUUUAAUGAAAAUGUGCCGAAAUUUACACAGUGUGAAGAUGUAUUGACCAAGUUUAUAUCUAACAACAACCAAGAUACUUUGUACCUUAUCAAGUCUAUUGAAGAGAAAACAUCCAGAAUAUCAAAUGAUCUUUCAGACUUGGAUAUGGGAUUUAAAGAUUUAGAUACUUUUGUUAUUAUAAUCAAAUCUAAAGGUGAACUUAGGAAUGAUAUACCGCUUACCCAACAGCUAAAUAUUAUGAGUAUUCCUAUACCACAAGAUGAGAACCACGAGACUAAUGAUCUGUUUGAAAAACUUCGAUUAGCAGUUAGUUUAGGGUUGUCACCAUAUUUUGAUUUCAUUUCCACCAAAAAUGAAGAAUCAGCAUUGGCAACAACGAAAAAGAAAUUUAAUGAAUUAUCAUUAGCAUUACAACAUUUACAACAGAGGAUCCAUAUACCAGAUUUAUUAAUCACUACUCAUCCAAAGAUCAAGAUGUUAAUUGCCGAGAAAGGUAGCGAAUACCCGGAUGAAUUAAUAGAUGACACUGAAUUUUUAAAUGAGAUAACAUCAAUUACUAACAAUUGGGUUCGACAAAUUCAAUCCAUCACUCGUUUGAACCAUGAGCCAUCGGAUGGGGAUAGUAUUAUGGAAGAUAUCCAAUUUUGGAAAUCUAUGGAUUUGGCGUUGAUUUCUUUGAACCAACAAAUUAACUCCCCGGAAGUGAACCUCACUCGAGAAUUGUUAUCCAAGGCCAAAAGAUUUCAUAUUACCUUGAGUUUUGAAAAUGAUAUUGGGCUAAAGGAAAAGUUAAAUGAAACCAAGUUGUACAACUCCUUUUUAAGAGAACUUCCCAUUAAUGAUUUGCUGACCAUCACUGAUGACGAUGGGUUUCAGAAGUUUGACGAUGCCUUGGCAAAUAUCUUCAGUCAUUUAAAGCUAAAGUUAAACUUAUUACCAUUGGAAAGAGCAAUGAAGUCUGUCGAAGUAAUUUUAAACGAUAUCACCGAAAAAUUUCAAUCAUUAUUGGGUACCUAUGAUUUAAUGUCGUUAUCACUAGAUAAGUUUGAAGAAUUGAUCAGUUUGUGCAACAAAGAAUUGGAUACCAUAGAAGUAAAUAUUAAGUUUAUAAUCAAUUUACUAAGAGAAUUGUUGAGAAAACGUCAAGAGAAAUUCAAACUAAUCAAAAUUGAUCAAACCAAACUUGAAAAUAUUAAAGAAAGAUUAUUAUAUCUUAGACAGUUUAGACAUAAUCAUCAAGAUUUGAUGACUGGGAUUGAAAGUGUUUUACCACAAGAAGAGCAAUUAGAUCUGAUUAGUAAGUUGAAUGAGGCAUAUAACAAGCACAUUAUCAGUAUCAACCCUGUUGACAUAUCACACCAGGGGAAGUUGAUUUGGUCAAUGAAUGAACACGCAUAUCUUGAAGUGUUUCACAACUUGAAUUCUUUACUUACGAAAAAGAUAAACAAGUUUUUCAACAAUGCUCAUACAUUUAUUGAUUUUAUUACCAUUUAUAAAAACUUUUUCAUUGGAGACAAUUCAAAUUCGUUGUUACUGCUGAUCAGUGAUGAUCAUAAAUUGAGAACUUUAACAAUAGCUGAUAGAGAGAUCCAAAGACUUGUUGAAUUGAAUUCAGAUCAUGUCCUGGAAACAAGUUUCUCCUCCAUCACGUGGAAAAUCCAACUUAGUGCUAAAUUAAAGUUCUAUCGAGACUACUUAGAACUACUUUUAGGGUUUAAUUGGAAGAGUUAUUCCGUGGGUACCAAAAUCGAUACCACCACAAACAAGUUAUUGGAAAGUUUAGACCCAGUCACAGCAAUUAAUAAAUGGGUCGACGAGGAAGUUAACCAGAAUUUGCCUAGUGCCAAUUUAGGAAAGAUUUUCACCGUGUCGGAAAAUUCACACGAAAGAUUUGAUUUAAAUAUCAAUUUCAAUUUUCAAAUAUUUGAAAUUUACCGACAACUUAAUCAAUUGUACAAUUUGGGAUUUUCCUUACCAAGCUUAAUAAUACUACAAUUCAAAAAAAUCAAUCAAUUAUAUCCAAUCACAAACAUUAUCAAGGAUCAUGUGCAAUUGCUUAACAAACUUUUUAAUAUAGAUCUACAAGAAGGUUAUGGUAAAGCUUUUGGAUUUCUUGUUGCUACUCAAAUUAAGAAAGUAGAGGAAAUGUUGAAAGAAACUAUGAAUAUCGAAUGGGUUCAUUUAUUACACGCAGUUGAGUUACACAAGGUUAAUGAUAAUGAUUUUAAAUCAACUGAAAAUUUAAUUGAACAUCGAUCAAUGAGACAAUUGACUGAAUUUCAGGAUUCUGUAACCCAAUUAAAUUUACUGUUAAUCAAAUUAAAGAAUUUUUCCAAAUUCAUGGAUCAAUGUAAGUUUUUAUUAAGAACUGCAAAUUUUGAAUUUGCCUCCAUUGAAGGACAUUUGAAAACAUUACAACUAGAAUUCAAUAAUAUUUCUUUAGAGAAAGUCGAGAAUCUUGAAGGGUUAGCUGAUUUAAUUAACUUGGAAGUGCAAACUGUUUUGAGGGAACGAUUACAAACUCAACUUUUCAUUUUCAAUAUCAAAGCUAUGGCUUAUAAUGAUGAACAGGAAAUUGAAAUUUUUGAACUAGACAAAUAUUUAUUGGAAUUCCCCACUUUUAAACACUAUUUGACUUUUAAUGAUGAGACAUUUGUGAUUGAGCCACCAUUGAACACUGGAAAGCAACUGGCAUUCAAUCAAUUAAAUCAUAUUGUUUCCAUAGUCGAAACACAACAUAUGAUAAAACCACUUACAUCACAUUCUCAAAGUUUUUCUACUGUUGCUGAAGAUGAAAAUUCUAUGAAACAACUUAAUUUGGUUUUUGAGAAAAUUGAAACUCUAUAUCAAGAUGCAGAAUUAUAUAUUUCCAAAUGGCAAUUAUUACAAAACCUAUGGGAAUUAAAUUUAGAUGAUCCAGAUGAUUUUGCCAAAUUAUUUAAAGCUGAUCAAAAUGUGGAAUCUUGGUUUCAAGUGGUUCAAGAGAUUUUCAAAUAUAGAAACGUUUAUGAUUUGCCUGACCCAGAAAAGGCAUUUGGAAAUUUAUUUGUGAUUAACAUCACUAAGAUUCAACACAGAGUAGCAAUAAAAUUUGAAACUUUCCAAAAACUGUUAUUAAGUAAAUUUGCCAAAAAAAUUGAUCAAGAAGCCAAUUCAUUCAACCGUUUGUUGAUCAAUGCUAAACAAAUUUUAGAAAUGCCACUUACAUUCCAUGAUAGUACAGAACAAUUGACUUCUGGUAUCGACAGUUACUUAAAGUAUCAAAAUAGUUUACAAAGUUGGAACUUUUUGUUGGAGACUUUUCAACUGGUACAAAGUUUUUUGAUGAAACACAGAUUCAAAUUCCCUAAUGAUUGGUUAUAUACUGAACAAUUGGAAAAUAAUAUUUCAAUGGUACAAGCUCUUGUUGCCAAAAAAAGUUUACUCAUUGAAGAAAAUCUUGAAAUUGUUACUUCUAAAAUCAAGGCAGAAGCUUUGAAAAUUAAUGAUUCUAUAAAUUCAUUGAAUCAAAAUUGGCAAUCCAAAAAACCCAUAGCAGGAAAUUUGAAUCCAUCGGUGGCAAUGAUAGAUUUGGAUAAUUUUCAAAUGCAUUUUUCAAAAUUGACAGCUUAUGUUGAAUCAUUGAUUAAUAUUUCUAAUCAUUUAGAUAUACAUAUUGUUCCAUUUGAAGAUAUGUCAUUAUCAAUUGAUGAAAUUAAAGAUCUUAAAUCGGUUUGGUCUUCAGUUAAUGGAUUAUGGGAAGAACUUGAAAGAUUGAAAAAACUUAAAUGGAGUGAUCUUCAACCUAGACAAUUACGUCACCAAUUGGACGAUUUAUUAAAUUCAGCAAGAAACUUACCAAUGAAUAUAAGACAAUAUUCAGCUGUUGAUGAAAUCCAAGCUUCAGUUAAAACCCAUUUGAAAACCCAUCAAAAAAUAUCUGAUUUGAAAAAUGGUUCCAUGAAACCUCGUCAUUGGAAAAUAUUGUUAAGUCAAUUAGGAGUACCAGAUAUUAAAUUUGAAGAUUUAACCGUUGGUGAUGUAUGGGGAUUGAAUAUCACUUUGAAUUUCCAAACAAUUAAUGCCAUGGUCGAGCAAGCCAAUAGUGAAAAAACUAUUGAAGAGAAUUUAAACAAUAUUAACAAUAAUUGGGCUCUGAUAACAUUUGAAUUAUUCAAUUAUGAGAAUAAAUGUCGUUUAGUGAAGAAUUGGGAACAAUUAAUUGAUCAAUGUAAUACUGAUAUUAACGCAUUGACAAGUAUGAAAAAUUCACCGUAUUUUGGAGCCUUUGAAAGAGAAAUCAGUGAAUUGGAGAAAAAACUUACACAAUUGUUUAUUGUCUUGGAUAUUUGGAUAGAUGUUCAACGUCAAUGGUUAUAUUUAGAAGGAGUUUUCGGGAAUGAAAAUAAUGAUCUCAAAAGUUUAUUACCAAUAGAAAGUUCAAGAUUUACUAAUAUCAGUUACGAAUUUUUAAACUUGUUGAAAAGAAUUUAUAAAUUCAAUUUAGUUAUUGAUAUUGUUUUAAUUACUGAUCUUCAACCGAUGAUGACAAAAUGUUUUGAAAGUUUGGUGAAAGUAAGAAAAUCAUUAACCGAUUACCUUGAAAAGCAAAGAGAAUUGUUCCCAAGAUUUUACUUUAUUGGUAAUGAAGAUUUAUUAGAGCUUGUUGGUGGGUCACAUGAUAUCACAAGGAUCAAUAAUCAUUUGAAGAAAAUGUUUAGUGGGGUUGAGAGGUUGCAAUAUGCAAAGGAAAGCUCUUGUAUUGUUGGUGUUGUUAGUGAGCAAGGUGAAGAGCUCGUCUUGCACAAUCCAGUUUCUUUGAUAAAGCAUACUAGAUUGCAUGAAUGGUUAAGUGAAUUAGAGCUUGAGAUAAAGUUAACUCUUUCUCGUUUGGUCAAAGACAAUAUCAAACUUUUGCGGGAAACUGUGUUUAAAAAAGAUGGCUUGGUAUCUUUAAUUGAAAGUAUCCCUGCUCAGGUUGCUACUUUGUUACAACAGAUUACUUUUACAAGUCUCAUUGAAAAUCCAACUACCCUGCUUUCAUCACUUCACGAAAGCUUAUCUAACACUAUUAAAACUCUUGUUCGUGCCAUUGGUUCAGAAAUAGAGGAUCUUACAAGAAAGAAAACACAAUAUUUAAUAAUAGAAAUAAUUCAUCAGAGAGAUGUUGUUGAACAAUUGAUAAAUGCUGAAAAUGAAUCCGAUAGAAAAUUUAUUCGAAACAUUCAACAAAGGUUUUACUAUGACAUAUCUAAUACAGAUUUACUCAAAAGCUUAACAAUCAAACAAGCAAAUUCCGAAUUUAUUUAUGGGUUUGAAUACUUGGGUAUUCCAGAAAAAUUAGCUUACACUCCAUUAACCAAUGAUUGUUAUUUAGCCAUGUGUCAAGCAUUAUCUAUACAACAAGGUGGUUCUCCUUUCGGACCAGCAGGAACUGGUAAGACAGAAUCAAUCAAAGCCUUAGGUCACAAUUUAGGGAAAAUGGUGCUUGUGUUUUGUUGUGACGAUUCAUUUGAUUUCCAAUCUAUGGGAAGAAUAUUUUUGGGGUUAUGUAAAGUUGGUAUUUGGGGUUGUUUUGAUGAGUUUAAUAGAUUAGAUGAUAAGAUAUUAAGUGCAAUAUCAUCUCAAAUUGAAAGUAUUGAAAAUGGGUUGAAAAAUCCUGACAUGGCAAUAUCUGUGUCUGAAAAGAAUGUUAAAGUUAACCCAGAAACAGGUAUUUUUAUAACUAUGAAUCCUGGUUAUGCUGGAAGAGUUGAAUUGCCGGAAAAUUUAAAGAAAAUGUUUAGAAGUUUUUCAAUGGAUUCACCUGAUAAUGAAAUUAUUGUGGAAAUAUUGCUUACAUCACAAACAUUUGUAAAUUCCAAAGCAUUGGCAAAGUCAAUAGUUCCAUUUUUCCAAGAGUUGGCAUCCAACACUUCCAACCAAUUACAUUAUGAUUUUGGUUUGAGAGCAUUAAAGAAUACGUUAGUGAGAUGCGGUCAAGCCAAAAGAAAGUCUACCAACGCCAAUGCCAACGAAUCUUUGGCUUUUGAACAAGAAUUAGUCGUACAAAGUAUUGUGGAAACAAUUUUACCUAAAUUGAUUAAAGAAGACGAAAUUGUUUUUGAAAAAUUAAGAAACAAAUACUUUGCAAAUGUUGUUGGUAAAGUGCUUGACAAAUCCAAUUUAAUUGCAGCACUUGAAAUGUACUUUACAAAGAAUGGAGUUCAGUUUGAUGAGAAAUUCAUCAACAAGGCAUUACAAUUAAUUGACAUCCAAAACACUCAUCAUGGUAUAAUGUUAGUAGGGGAAUCAGGAUCCGGGAAAUCUACUAUCCUUGAUCUGAUUAUGUAUGCCUUAUCGGUUGUGACCAACGUGGAACACACUAAAGUCCUUAUAGAUGCCAAAGUCUUAUCGAAAGAUGAGAUUUACGGGAAGCUUGAUUUGGUUACACGAGACUGGACAGAUGGUUUAUUUACCAGUGUAUUAAGAAAAAUGUCAGAGAAUUUACGUGGAGAAUUAUCGAAAAAACUUUGGAUAGUAUUUGAUGGAGAUAUUGAUCCACAAUGGGCUGAAAAUCUAAACAGUGUUUUAGAUGACAACAAGAUAUUAACCCUUCCUAACGGUGAGCGAUUAAGUUUACCAGAGAAUGUUCGUAUUGUUUUCGAAGUUGACAACUUGAAAUACACUACGCCAGCAACCAUCAGUAGAUGUGGUAUUGUCUGGUUUGACGUAUCAUUGAUCUCCUUAGAUGCCCAUUUACACAAAUUGGUACAUCAAUUAAACACAUAUAAAAUUACCAAUGAUGAUAUGAUUCGUGACAACAUGCUUGCUGAUAAUUUGAGAAAAUCGUUUGUGGAAGAAUUAAGCAACUUACUAUCUUAUAAUGUUUUGUCUGGUAUUUGUGAGGUUGCAAAACAAGCUGAGCACAUAAUGGAGUUUUCAUUUCAACGAGCCAUUGGUUCUCUUGAAGUUUGUAUAAAGACUUAUUUACGUCGGUUGUUGAACUUUGCCAAUUCCAAUGAUAAUGAAACAGUGGAAAUCAAGAAAUAUGUUCAAAAAGCACUAUUACUUUCAAUAAUGUGGGCAUUUGCUGGAGAUUCUUCUUAUGAAGAUAGAAUUGAAUUUGCAAAUGCUAUGAAAGAUAAGAAUAUCCUUUGGGGAGUCGAGAUGCCGCAUGGAAAUGUACUUGAUUAUGAUGUUUCUUUACCUGACGGCGAGUGGUUAGAUUGGAACACUUCCGUUGCAUCAGUGGAACUUGAGCCACAUCAAGUUUCAAACCCAAACACAAUUGUCCCCACUUUGGACACUGUCAAGCAUGAACAGUUUAUAUUUUCUGUUCUAAAUGAGCAUAGUCCUUUGUUGCUUUGUGGUCCACCGGGUUCCGGGAAGACUAUGACGUUGUUUGAAGCGUUGAGAAAAUCACCACAGUUGGAGUUGUUAUCCCUCAACUUUUCCAAAGAAACUUCACCGGUGUCGUUGCUAAAGGCAUUGGAUCAAUACUGUGAAUAUAGAAAAACAAAUAGAGGCAUCCAAUUAGCUCCACGAAUUAAUGGGAAAUGGGUGGUUGUGUUUUGUGAUGAAAUUAAUUUACCCCAAGUCGACAAGUAUGGAAACCAAAAUGUUAUUUCCUUAAUAAGACAAAUGGUAGAGCACGGUGGAUUUUGGCGAGUCAAAGAUAACCAAUGGGUUUCAUUGGAAAAUAUCCAAUUUGUUGCUGCUUGUAACUCCCCCAAUGAUCCUGGCAGAAACAAAUUAUCUGAAAGAUUUUUGCGUCAUGUUCCUGUUAUUAUGGUUGAUUAUCCAGGUUAUACCUCAUUGACCCAAAUUUAUCAAACAUUUAAUAUGGCUAUCUUGAAAUGUGCUCCUGAUUUACGAGGAUUUGCAAAAGCUAUCACCGAGGCAAGUAUUCAAGUAUACGAAAAAACAAGAAAGAAAUUAAACAGCCAAAUCCAAAAGCAUUAUGUUUAUUCGCCUCGUGAAUUGACAAGAUGGAGCAGAGGUAUACUUGAAGCGUUAAAGUCACAUAUGUACAAAGACUUGAGUGCUUUCCUUAGAUUAUGGUAUCAUGAAGGGUUGAGAUUGUUUUAUGAUAGGUUGGUUACUGAUGAUGAUAAAUCGUGGACUUUGCAAAUGUUCAAAGAGGUGGCUGAGAAUAAUUUCCCUAACAUUAAUUUGAAUGCUACUUUCAAAGAACCAGUUUUUUUCAGUAAUUGGAUGAGUUUGGAUUAUAAAUCUGUGAAUGAACAAGAAUUAAGAUCUUUUGUUUCACUGAGGUUAAGAGUUUUCAGUGAAGAAGAAAUGGAGGUUGAUUUGGUGUUGCACGAUGAAAUGCUAGACCAUGCUUUACGUAUCGAUAGAGUUCUUAGACAACCACAAGGUCACAUGAUAUUAGUGGGUCCCAGUGGGAGUGGGAAAUCGACUCUUGCCAAGUUUGUUGCUUGGAUCAAUGGAUUAAAAGUUGUGCAACUACACGUUAGAAGUAAUUAUGGCAUUGAUGAUUUUGAUGAAACUUUGCGAGGCAUUUUAACACGCUGUGUUCACGGUGAAAAGAUAUGUUUUAUUAUUGAUGAAUCAAGUAUUUUGGAAGCUUCAUUUAUUGAAAGAAUGAACACAUUAUUGGCAAAUGCUGAAAUUCCUGGUCUUUUUGAAGGUGACGAUCACACGUCGCUAAUGAGCAAAUGUUUGGAACUUUCUCAUGCCCAGGGAUUGCUAUUGGAUACUGAUGCCGAAUUGUACGAUUGGUUCACUCAACAAAUCUCAAAAAACUUGCAUGUUGUGUUCAGUAUUAGUGAUUCCGUCGAAUCUAACAGUCAGUCGGUUAUUUCAUCACCUGCAUUAUUCAAUAGAUGUGUUCUAAGCUGGAUGGGUGAUUGGUCUGAUAGGUGCUUGUAUGAAAUUGCUUCCUCGCGUAUUAGCACUGUCCCUCUUGACAUUUCAAAUUAUGUUAUCCCCAACACCUUUGCACCAUUUUUAUCUAAUAGAAGGGCUAAGAAUUUGAGAGAUGCGAUUGUUGAUACUUUGGCUUUUAUUCAUCGGUUUAUCCCAGACCAUAAAUCAACAUUGUCAUAUAGAAGAACACCAACUGAUUUUUUGAAUCUUGUUCAAAUGUUUACUGAUUUAUUCAAUAUCAAGCACAAGGAACUAGAAGAUUCACAACGACAUAUUACUGUUGGUUUGGACAAAUUACGUGAAACUGUUAUUCAGGUGGAUAAGUUACAAGGUAUGCUUUCAGAAAAGGAAAGUAUUUUGAAGAUCAAGGACAAAGAAGCCAAAGAAAUGUUGAAUAAAUUACUUACUGACCAAAAUGAAGCAGAACGGAAACAAGAAUUCUCAAUUGCAACACAGGCUGAACUUGCGAAACAAGAAAAGGAAAUUGAGAAACGGAAACUGGUUGUGAUGAAAGAUCUUGAAUAUGCUGAACCAGCUGUUCUUGAAGCACAAAGAGGAGUGCAAAAUAUUAAAAAGCAGCAUUUAUCAGAAAUACGUAGUAUGGCUAAUCCACCUGCAGCUGUCAAAAUGACGAUGGAAUCGGUUUGUAUUUUAUUAGGUUAUGAUGUUGGAACUUGGAGAGAUGUUCAGUUGGUGAUUAGGAAAGACGAUUUUAUACCAAAUAUUGUUUCUUUCAAUAGUGAGGAACUGUUGCCUGUGGAACUUCGUGAGUAUAUGGAAAGGGUUUAUUUGACGAGAGAAGAUUACACAUUUGAAAUUGUUCAUCGAGCAAGUAAAGCAUGUGGUCCAUUGGUGCAAUGGGUCCAAGCACAGUUGGCGUAUUCUAGAAUUCUUCAAAGUGUGGGUCCAUUACGUGAAGAAGUUGAAUUGUUGGAACAAAAGACAUUGAAGACAAAAGCACAAUUGACAGCCAUUGAUGAAAUGAUUUUCGAGUUGGAAGAAAGUAUUGAAAAGUACAAAGAUAGUUACACUGAGUUGAUUCGGGAAACAGAGAAUAUAAAAACGGAAAUGUCAUUGGUGCAUAAAAAGGUGGAUAGAAGUACUGCUUUAAUUAAGAAUCUUAAAGUGGAAAGAGAGAGAUGGAAGGAAUCUGUCAAGACAUUUGGUGAUAAAAGAGACAAAUUAGUUGGCGAGGUGUUGUUGGCUGCUGCUUUUAUUGUUUAUGGUGGACUUUACGAUCAGAAAGGUAGAGAAAUAUUAUUGAAAACAUGGAGAAAUAAAUUAAAAGAGUCGGGAAUCCCAUUUGAUAAAACGCUCACCAUGUCCAGUUACUUGACUACCUCGAAAAAAGCUUUGCACUGGACAAAUUGUGGGUUGGUUAAUGAUAAUAUUAAUAUUGAAAAUUUUGCAUUAUUGGAAUGGUGUCAAAAUCCUGUUAUAAUCGAUCCAAAUGGUGUGAUUGUGGAAAUUUUAUCGAAGGCGUCGUCAAAACUGGUCACAGUUACCAGUUUCUUAAGUGAUGGGUUGUUCAACCAAUUGGAGAAUACAUUGAGGUUUGGUGGUGUGAUAAUUAUCCAAGAUUGUGAAUAUUAUGAUCCUUUGUUAGACACGGUUUUAAGAAAAGAAAUACACAGAAAUGGUGGUCGAAUGAUGAUUAGAUUAGGUGAUCAAAUUAUCGAUUAUUCUUCUGAAUUUAAGUUGAUAUUGGCUUCAAAAGAAUCUGGGUUGGUUUUGCCUCCAUCGGUAGCAUCAAGAGCGUCAAUUAUCAACUUCACAGUUACAAGUGGCAGUCUUGAAAACAGAGCCCUUGAUAUUGCUUUGAAAGAAACACGACCUGAUGUUGAGAAAGAAAGAACCGAUUUGGUUAUGCUUAAUGGUGAAUGGAAAUUACGUUUGCAGACAUUGGAGGAAGAGUUGUUGGAUUCUCUUAGUACAACUCCAGGUGAAAUUUUGGAUAAUGAUAACGUGAUGAACACUUUGGAGACUCUUAAGAGCGAGACAGAUGGGUUGAAUGAAAAAUUGGCACAUUCGGGAGAAGUCAUGAACCGAGUUGAAGAGAUAAGAAGUAAUUACAGCGACGUGGCCAAGAACUUGUCAGGAAUAUAUACCAUUUUUGAAUCACUUGGUCGUCUUAAUCAUUUUUACAAGUUUUCAUUGACGAGAUUUGUUAAUAAUUUUGCACAUUUAUUACGUGUGAAUAUUAAAUUAUCACCAUCUGAGUUUAUUAUGGAAUUAUUCAAGGAUUCCUUUGCACGUAUUUCCACGUCAUUGCAAUAUAAACACAAAAUUGUUUUGGCUUUGGUUUUGUCUACUGCUUAUUAUAUGGAGGAUAUUGGUGAUCUGUACAAGACUGCAUUUAUGAAGAUGUUAAAGUUGAUUGUCACUGAUAAACUUCCAAACAGUAUUAGCGAUGUGUUUGAUGUGUGUCUAGCAAGGAGAGAAUCCGGAUGGGAUGUUGAAAAAGUACUAGAGCUGAAUCAAGACAAUCUGGUUUUGCAGAUCCUUUCAGACUUGCUUUUAAGUUUUGGCAGCACAAAAAACAAAGAAGAUUUUGUUGAUACUUUUAGUAAGAUUAGUGGGUUCUUGUAUAAAGAUGGAGAAGCCCCAUAUUCAUCUCCUUACGAUUUAAACUAUUGGAUAAAUGAUCUGGGAAUUAGAACUAUUAUUUUGACGUGUCCAGAAGUUUAUGAUGCUUCUUACAAAGUUGAACAAAGUGCUCGACAGUUUGGGAAGAAACUAGCUGUUAUUUCAAUGGGAACAAAAGAAGGAAUUGAAAUGGCAAAUAAAGAAAUUGAAGCAGCUUCUAUGUCGGCACGUUGGGUUUUGAUUCAAAACAUACACAUGGCGCCAUCAUGGAUAUCACAUUUUGAGAGUCAGCUUAGUAAUUUACAUGCCGAAUCAAAAAUAUUCUUGACAUGUAAAAAUACUUCACAAGUUCCAAUUGGGGUCAUAUCUCAAUGUAAAGUAUUGAAUUUUGAAAAUGAAGUGGGCAUUCAACGACUUGUAUUGGAUACUUAUAAAUCGAGUUCUAUGGAUAAGAGAGAAAGAAUUGAGCGACAUGUUUUGUUGCUAUUGAUUUGGUACCAUUCUGUCAUUCUUGAAAGAGUAAGAUACUCACCUGUAUCGUUCAAGAAGAAGUAUGAUUUCAAUGACUCCGAUUAUACCUGUGGUGUUCACAUUAUUGAAAAAGUGUUUGAAAGCUACGAUGGUAAAACUGAAACCAUUCCUUGGAAUGAGAUUAAAUAUUUAAUUGGAACCAUAACUUAUGGUGGUAAAGUUGACGACAAAGAGGAUUUAGAAUUUUUAGAGACUUUUGCUGGUGCUAUUUUCACUGAGAGAUCAUUUGAUCUGAAUUUUAAUUUGAUAGAGAAUGAAUUAACUAAAGAGAACAAUGAAGUUUUGCUUUUGCCAGAUACUACAGAAGAGAUCGUAUCAUGGAUCAAUAAGUUGCCUUAUGACACACCAUUAUCUUGGAUUUACUUGUCUGAUGAUGCCAAUCUGUUAGUGAAAAAACAACUUGGAUUAGAAAUCGUGGAAUCUGUACUUGAUCUAUCUGAAGAUUUAUAG